AUGGCUUGGUCUCACUCUUCGUCACGUCAGGAAGCCCCACCUGUCCUCGACCGUCGAGACCCCAACCUCCCCGGCGGUGUGAUCGAUUCACUCACUGAGAAGGACGUCGGCCCGGAGGUUAUCAAGACCGCUGACAGCGAACAGAUCGUCCAAGUCGUCGACUCCUCUCCUUACCCAGAGGUCGAAGCGGCAGUCCGAAACUAUGACCAAGGUUUGCCGGCAAGCACCCUCCGGGCAUGGUCGAUCGGCCUGCUCCUGGUGACGGUCUGUGGUGGCUUGAAUAUGCUGUUCCAUUUGCGAUCGCCUGCAAUUACCAUCUCCAGCAUUGUGGCUCAAGUCAUCGCAUAUCCGCAGGGAAAGUUAUGGGAGAAAACCAUGCCAAUGAGGACCUUUACCACAUUUGGCAAAUCAUGGUCAUUGAACCCGGGCUCUUUCAACAUCAAGAAACAUACCGUCGUCGCCGUCAUGGCAAAUGCCGGGUUUGGCAUCGGAGCGGCCUACUCGACGGAUGUUUUGACCGCCCAGCAGGCCUUUUACCAUACCUCUUAUGGCUGGGGGUUUCAGCUGCUAUUGACGUGGUCGACAACCAUGAUUGGUUAUGGUCUUGCAGGUCUUGCUCGACGCUUCCUCGUCUGGCCCGCCGCCAUGACUAGGGAGGUAAACCUCGUGUCUACCUCCCUACUCUACAGUCUGCACGACCAUGCUCCGGCAGACCCCGAGUCAACCGGUGGAUGGGUCAUGGGGAGAUUUCGAUAUUUCUGGUACCUCGUCCUGGGAGCGUUUGUGUGGUAUUGGCUUCCCGGAUUUCUAUUCAAAGCGCUGAGCGUCAUGACUUUUGUCACCUGGAUCAAACCAAAGAGCCCGGUCAUCAACCAGGUAUUCGGUGGAGUGAGCGGUGUUGCCCUUCUCCCCUUGACGUUAGAUUGGACCGUGGUUACAGCUUACAUCCAGAGUCCUCUGAUUCCACCUUGGUUCGCCAUCGCCAAUACGCUCUUUGGGGUGGCUGUCUUCUUCUGGAUCACUGCCAUCGCCGUCCACUUUUCGGGCAUGACAUACAGUAAAUUCUUGCCCAUGUCCACAUCAUCCGUGUACGACAACACGGGCGCGGUCUACAAUGUGUCGAGAAUCGUCACCCCUCAGCUGACUCUCGACGUCAAGGCGUACGAAGAGUACUCGCCUUUAUUUCUCUCCACCACGUACGCCCUUUCAUUCGGCGUCUCCUUUGCCAUGGUGGUGUAUGUCCUCGUCAAUACAGGCCUCUUCCACGGCCGCGAACUUUGGGUCCGGACCAAACUUGCACGCAAGCAGGAGGACGAUGUUCACAUGCGCCUGAUGAAGAAAUAUGACGACGCUCCAGACUGGUGGUAUCUUUCCAUAUUCCUUGUCAUGUUCGGCAUCUCUUUCGGGGUGAUAUAUGGCUGGAACACCGAACUCUCUUGGUGGGCAUUUCUGGUGUCAAUGUUGAUCGCCUUCGUCUGGACCGUCCCCAUGGGCAUGGUUCACGCCAUGACGAAUGUUACGCUAGGACUGAAUGUGUUGACCGAAUUCAUCAUCGGUUACAUGCAGCCUGGAAAACCUCUGGCGAUGAUGCUCUUCAAGGCAUAUGGAUAUAUGACCAUGUACCAGGCCCUUAGUUUCUCCCAAGACCUCAAGCUGGGCCACUACAUGAAAGUCCCGCCGAAACUGCUGUUCUGGUCGCAGACGGUCGCCACCAUCUGGUGCGGCAUCGUGCAAAUCGCGGUCAUGAACUGGGCUUUCGCCAAUAUCCCGGACAUCUGUUCUCUCGACCAAAGCAACGAUUUCACCUGUCCCGGUGGCCGCGUCUACUUCUCCAACUCGGUCAUCUGGGGCCUCGUCGGCCCGAAACGCUUCUUCUCACCGGGUCAACUCUACAGUGGCCUGUACUAUUUUUUCCUCGCCGGUGCAGUCCUUCCCGUCAUCAUGUACCUUUUGAGCCGCCGUUUCCCGAACUCCAACCUGCGAUAUAUCAUGGCCCCGGUCAUCUUCGCCGGCUGCGGCUGGAUCCCGCCUGCCACGCCGUUGAACUAUUUGACAUGGGCCAUCGUCGGCUAUAUAUUCGCGCGCGUCAUCAAAACCCGCUAUCGGGGCUGGUGGAUGCAGUACAACUACAUCACCUCGGCCGGACUGGAUGUCGGGUUGCAGCUCUGCACAAUUCUCAUCUUCUUCACCCUCACCCUGACGCACACAGACGCACCGAAAUGGUGGGGGAACCAAGUUGGAGCCGGUACGCUGGACUUUCAUUCAACGGACAAUGUGCAGCAGAAAGUCACGCCAGGUCAGAUCUUCGGGCCGCCGAAAGGGAGUUGGCAUUGA